GCCAGAGCACUGUUGGUGCUCUACAAAUAACCGAUAAUAAAAUCAGGUAUUGAUGUAACUGGAGUGAAUAAGGGAACCUUCUUCCUGAGCACAGACAUUGGAGCUUGUUAUCAGCAUGAACUCAUAUGUGUUAGACAAACACUUGAAUAGUUCAUCUGCAUCAGGUGCUACAGGAAGCAUCAGAAUGAUGCCACUGACUCCAAUAGUCUUAGACACUAAUGACUAUUCACAAACAUUGGGCAAAUCACAGCAGAAAUUUAAAGAAGUUGAUGAAUUGUCGGGAACUAGACAACAAUCAUUAUGUGCAGAGAGUAAUUUAGUCAUCAAACAAGAGGAUAAUAUUUAUGACUUAUCUAGUGAAAUGAUUAUCCCUGAGGAUAAACCACAAACAUUUACUGAGUUUUCAAAAAAUGUUAAAGAAGAGAAAAGUCUACAGUCUAACCAAAUGAUUCAUACAAAGGAGAAACCUUUCAAAUGUACAGAAUGUGAGAAAAGCUUUACAUGUAAUUCACAUCUCCUAAAACACCACAAACUUCACACAGGUAAGAAGUCAAACACAUGUCCUGAAUGUGGAAAAAGUUUUACACGAAUGACAAAACGUAUAGCUCAUGAAAGGACCCACACAGGAGAGAAACCAUUUAGCUGUACAGAGUGUGAAAAAAGUUUUACACAAAUGGAUCAUCUGAAAACUCAUAAAAAGAACAAUGAAGGAGAAAAGCCUUUCACAUGUACAGUUUGUGGAAAAAGUUUUACACAAAUAAGUAGUCUGAAAAAGCAUAAAAGGAUUCACUCAGGAGAAAAGCCUUUCACAUGUACAGAGUGUGGGAAAUGUUUUACACAUAAGAGUAAUCUGAAAAAGCAUGAAAGAAUUCACACAGGAGAAAGGCCUUACACGUGCACAGAGUGUGGAAAAAGUUUUACACAAAUAAAUAGUCUGAAAAAGCAUGAAAGGAUUCACACAGGAGAAAAGCCUUUCAAAUGUAGAGAGUGUGGAAAAGGUUUUACACAAAUGACUCAUCUGAAAUAUCAUGAAAUUAGUCACACAGGAGAAAAGCCUUUCGCAUGUAUAGAGUGUGGGAAAUGUUUUACACAAAUAAAUAGUCUGAAAUAUCAUGAAAGGAUUCACACAGGAGAAAAGCCUUUCGCAUGUACAGAGUGUGGGAAAUGUUUUACACAAAAGAGUCAUCUGAAAACUCAUGAAAGGAGUCACACAGGGGAAAAGCCGUUCAUAUGUACAGAGUGUGGAAAAUGUUGUACACAUAUGAGUAAUCUGAGAAAACAUGAAAGGAUUCACACAGGGUUAAAGCCUUUCACAUGUACAGAGUGUGGGAAAUGUUUUACACAAAAGAGUCAUCUAAAUAGUCAUGAAAGGAGUCACACAGGGGAAAAGCCGUUCACAUGUACAGAGUGUGGAAAAUGUUGUACACAUAUGAGUAAUCUGAAAAGUCAUGAAAGGAUUCACAAGGGAAGAAACCUUUCACAUAAUGUUAAAAGAUCUGGGAGCACUGAUAGUAUAUUUGGGCCUGUGAAAAACCCAUGGAGCUAUGCAAAGCAUUACAGGGAAAAAAGAAGAUCAAGUCAUUGUGUUAUAAAUGAGGAUUCUGAUUGGGUAAUAACAGGCGGAAGUUCUGGGGGCAGUGCUGCUGCAGUAUCGUCAGGAACCUGCUAUGUGGCAAUAGGAUCUGAUACAGGAGGUUCUACUCGAAACCCAGCUUCUCACUGUGGAAUUGUGGGCUUGAAGCCUACUUAUGGUCUAGUUUCUCGCCAUGGCUUGAUACCGCUGGUGAACUCUAUGGAUGUGCCAGGUAUCCUAACCAGAUGUGUGGAUGAUGCUGCAACUGUAUUAGGUGUUCUUGGUGGUCAUGAUCCAGAUGAUUCCACUACAGUCCAGGAUCCUUUUGCGCCAUUCCAGCUACCUGAUAUUACAGACAUGAGCAAGCUGUCAGAAGUAGCAUCAAAUAUGGCUCGCUUUGAUGGUCUAGAAUAUGGGCACCGGUCAGAUAUAAAUGACUCUACAGACGCUAUGUAUGCAGCAACAAGAAGAGAAGGAUUCAACGAUGUUGUGAGAGGAAGAAUAUUAUCUGGGAAUUUCUUUCUACUCAAACAGAACUAUGAACAGUAUUUUCUAAAGGCUCAGAAAGUGCGUCGUUUAAUAGCUGAUGACUUUGUGAAGGUUUUCAGUUCUGGCGUUCAGGUGUUGCUAACUCCGACCACUCUGGGAGAUGCAGCUCCUUAUUGGGAAUUCAUCCAAGAAGAUAACCGAACUCGUAGUGCUCAGGAGGACGUAUUUACCCAGUGUGCCAACAUGGCAGGUCUUCCAGCAGUUACUGUUCCUGCUGGCCUUUCUAGCCAGGGAUUACCGAUUGGCCUCCAGUUCAUUGGGCAAGCCUUCUGUGAACAACAGCUACUCACAGUAGCCAAAUGGUUUGAAAAGCAAACAGACUUUUGUUCUUUAGAGUUUCAUAAAAUUCUAGAAGAUGCAAGCAAAACAAAGCAACCUACGGAAAGAGUGGUAACGGAGACUUUCACAGAGAAUCAGCUCUUAAACUCGGCACUAAGGUCCCUGCUGCAAAGGCGCGAAGCGCCAUCUUUACUCAGAAUGCAGUUUCUGGAUCGAUGGGAAAAGAAGACGGAACAUUCGCUCCAACUCUACUAUAAUGAGGUACAGCGAGACCUUACUACUAUAAGAGAUAAGUUUGCAGCCCUGCUGUCUAACCAGCCAUUAGAGCGGGAGAUAUAUGAGAUCACUGUCUACCCGUCUUUACACAGCACUAACUGCGAUACACCAGACCGCACAGAUGAGCUCUCUUAUGGAUCUGUUUCGGAGGUCCCUCCUCAGAACUCACGGACCGGCAUAUUAGGCUCCAGUGUGCUGAGGGCAUCUAAGGUAAAACCACUCACCCUGUCUUACUACGGGCUUGAACACUUAGCGCAAUCUGAACAACGCUACUACAUUGCAAAGCCCCUGACUUCACAGUUUUCUAUGGAGCACACAGUAAAGAGCCGAGCGUACACCAGCUCCCUACCUAAGCAAGACGCCUUACACGAGCCCUGCGUAGAGCCGGGGCGGAGAGAUACAGCCGACCCUCCAUGGUGGAAAGGAGCCCAAUCUGGCAUUUUAUUAUCGUUUGCCGAAAUUGCACAAAAACCUUACCUGUCCGCCAGGAAGGCCCAUUAUCGCGGGAUCGGCAGCCUCACAGAUAAUGUGUCUUCCUACGUGGAUUUCAAGAUGGUAGACUGUAAUAGUUAUUUAGACUUCACCAGUCACCAUCAUUUCCCAUGGAAACGCAAUGUGCCAUAUGGCCAAUUUAAAAGGAUUUGCCGAAAUUGCAGUACCCUUGCCGAUUAUGAGGUCCAAAGUUUGAUAUUAAAAGAACACUUUAAUGAGAAACAUUAUCCAUCACACAUUAUAGAGAAUGGCUACAAAAGAGCCAAACAGGAUAAAGGAGAAGAUUAUUUUAGAAAAAUCAACACAAAAACAAAUAAAGAGCAAAAUGAUUUUAUGGAGAACUCCACCCCUUUUAUCACUGAAUAUAACGGUCAUCAUAAAACAAUACGACAGAUAAUAAACAAAUAUUGGAGAAUUCUCCAAAAAGACCCCAUUUUGGGGAAUAUCCUGACGGAUAAACCAAAUAUAGUGUAUAGAAAGGCACCCAGUUUGAAAUCGAUGUUGGCUCCCAGUAAGGUGGUCAAACAUAAAACUUUGAAUAAUUGCCAUAGGGUUGGAACUUUACCUAUAGGAUCAUACAGAUGUAAGCACGUCAAUAGUUCAUAUCUAUCCUUCACUACAGGAAGCAUCAGAGUGAUACCGCAAACUCCAAUAGCCUUAGACAGCAAUGACUAUUCACAAACAUUGGGAAUUUCACAGCAGAUAUUUAAAGAAGAUGGUGAAUUGGCAGGAACUGGGAAGCAAUCAUUAUGUACAGAGAGUAAUUUAGUCAUCAAACAAGAGGACAACAUUUAUGCCUUAUCUAGUGAAAUUAUUAUCCCAGAGGAUAAACCACACACAUUUACUGAGUUUUCAAAACAUAUUAAAGAAGAGAAAAGUCUACAGUCUAGCCAAAUGAUUCAUACAAAGGAGAGACCUUUCAAAUCUACAGAAUGUGAGAAACGCUUUAGAUGGAAGUCUAAUCUACUAGAACACCAAAAAAUUCACACAGGUGAGAAACCACACACAUGUACUGAGUGCGGCAAAUGUUUUACACAAAUGGAUCAUCUAAAAACUCAUAAAAAGAUUCACACAGGAGAAAAGCCAUUCACAUGUAUAGAGUGUGGAAAACGUUUUGCAAAAAAGAGUAAUCUGAAAAGUCAUGAAAGGAUUCACACAGGAGAAAAGCCUUUCACAUGUACAGAGUGUGGAAACAGUUUUACACAAAAGAGUGAUCUUAAAAAGCAUGAAAGGAUUCACACAGGGGAAAAACUGUUCACUUGUACAGAGUGUGGAAAAAUCUUUACACAAAUAAAUCAUCUAAAAAAUCAUAUAAAGAUUCACACAGGAGAAAAGCAUUUCACAUGUACAGAGUGUGGAAAAAGUUUUACAAGAAAAAGUCAUUUUAAAAGUCAUGAAAAGAUUCACACAGGGGAAAAGCAUUUCACAUGUACACAGUGUGGAAAAAGUUUUACAAGAAAAAGUCAUUUGAAAAGUCAUGAAAGGAUUCACACAGGAGAAAAGCCUUUCACAUGUACAGAGUGUGGAAACCGUUUUGCACAAAAGAGUGAUCUUAAAAAGCAUGAAAGAAUUCACACAGGGGAAAAGCCGUUCACAUGUACAGAGUGUGGAAAAAGUUUUACACAAAUGGAUCAUCUGAAAACUCAUGAAAGGAGUCACACAGGGGAAAAGCCUUUCAAUUGUACAGAGUGUGGAAAAUGUUUUACUCAAAUGGAUCAUCUGAAAACUCAUGAAAGGAGUCACACAGGGGAAAAGCCGUUCGCAUGUACAGAGUGUGGAAAAAGUUUUACAAGAAAAAGUCAUUUGAAAACUCAUGAAAGGAUUCACACAGGGGAAAAGCCUUUCACAUGUACAGAGUGUGGAAAACAUUUUACAAAAAAGAGUAAUUUGAAAACUCAUGAAAGGAUUCACACAGGAGAAAAGCCUUUCACAUGUACGGACUGUGGAAAAAAAUGUACACGAAUGGAUUGUCUGAAACGUCAUGAAAGUAUUCACAAGGGAAGAAACCUUUCACAUGUUUAGAAAGUGGAAAAAAGGGUUUUAUUGAAAUCCGGUUUCACAAAACACCAAAUAUUUACACACAGACUUUAUAUACACAGUGUACAAACCUUUUUACAAUUAUUGUAAAGAGGACAAACUCUCUAAAUAGAAGCAUCAAAAGGGUUGAUAUUGUAAAUAAUACUUUCUAAAUCCCCCCAAUUAUAAAAGCCCCAGAUUGGAAGUGC